AAAUCCUGGCGGAUUAUGCACAGAGAGAGGAGGGGGCAGCAAGGGACUGGAAGCGUUCCCUUGUAGCUUCUAAAGUUUACUUGCAGCUGCUGGAAAGAUCAGCUUUUGUUGUCCAUCCUGACAUGUGAGAAGCUCUGUUGGCGAGAGGACUGUGCUGCACCCCGAACAUCACACCGUGUCACCGGCGGGUUGUGAGAGCUCUUCAUGGCUUCAGCAUUCGAUUACGUAGAACCAAAGGUCGGCGACUUGAUUGAAAUAUUCAGACUGGGUUACCAGCACUGGGCGCUGUACGUGGGGAACGGUUACGUCAUUCACCUGGCCCCCCCGAGUGAGGUGUGCGAUGCUGGGGCAAGCAGCAUCAUGUCUGUGUUCGCGGAGAAGGCCUAUGUGAAGAAGGAGAGCCUGCACAGAGUGGCGGGUGCCAACCGCUACCAGGUGAACAACAAGCUGGACAGGAAGUACCGUCCCAGGCCGGCCCACAUCAUCGUGAAGGAGGCGGAGGGGCAGCUGGGGCAGGAGAUGGACUACAGUCUCUUCUCCGCCAACUGUGAGCACUUCGUCACCGACCUUCGUUACGGUGUGUCCAAGUCAUGUCAGGUGGACGAUGUGGUGACCGGCGUCGGGGUGGGAAUCGGGGUCAGUGUCCUGGGCCUCACGGCGAUGCUGUGCUACCAGCUCAUGAAACCGCAGCAGAGACACAAGAAGUGAAGGAGCAGCUCGCGGAGGGUGCGGAGGGUGCGGGAGGGGGUGGGUCACAGCCGGGGACCACUCCCUACUGCCCCACUGUGGCGCUGAGUGACAGAGACUGCUCCUCGCUAUUCAAACCCUCUCUGUCUCUCUCACUCGCCUACCCCCUCCCUUCCCAACCCACCACACUCCUCUCACAGUCACACUACACGGACACAGGCCCUUCGGCCCACUCUACCCCUGCUGACCAUUUCCACUGAUCCCAUUUUGUUCUCUCCACAUUCCCGUUGCAAGCACACUGCUCCCCGGAAGUGACGUCACGGGUAGACCGGGUGGUGAAGGAGGCAUUUGGUCCGCUGGCCUUCAUCCGCCGGGGCAGUCCUGGGAUGGAGUGUCCCCAGGAGGUCUGGGACGGGCCAGGGUUGUUUUCCUUGGGAUGGUGGGGGCUUUGGAGGGAGAACCUGGGGAGGGAGUUGAUGGGAAUCAGGGGAGGAUAAAACGGGUGGUGGAUAUCCCAUCACUCCACCACUUACUCAGGAUGCCAAUGACUGAGGCUCUCGGGGUGUUCUCUCUGCUCAGCCCCCACCCCUCUGCCGGGUAUGAGAGCGAUGCUCGAUCGGCACCCCAUCUACCUCCCCCCCCCAAACACUCCUUCCUUCCAACAUCGGUGCCAUCUACACAUGGCACUUGCCUGGGCUACUCCGACAGCACCUCCCAAACCCACCACCUCUCCCCCCCCCCCAACCCCCUCAAGGGGAACAAGGGCAGUGGAAGCGGGGGAACACCACCACCCGCAGGUUCCCCUCCACCGUCCCGACUUGGAAACAUAUCGCCGUUCCUUCACCCUCACUGGGUCUGAACCCUGGAACUCCCUCCCCAACAGCACCCGUGGGAGCCCCUUCCCCAGCAGGAUUGCAACGGUUCAAGGGGGCAGGUCACCCCCACCUUCUCACGGGGUAACUAGGGAGGGGCAAUAAAUCAUGACGUUGGAAGUGGCACUCAUAUUUAAGUUUGUAUAUUUCUAUAUCUGUGUAAAAAAAUAAAUGUAUCCAUUUUACUGACAAAUAUACAAUAAGAUACA